AGGGGCUGAGGAGUGAAAACUGCAAAUUAAAGAAACUGAAAUUUGGUCCAUCUCAUCAGUGGCAGGCAUUCCAGUGGCUGAGAAAAGUCAAACCUUCUUGUUCACACCAGGCCUUCAUUCACACAUUACAGCUGAAUAUUAAAUUCUGCUCAUGUCAUCUUUUUCCUGGUGCUGGAAGGACUUCAGAGAAAAUGUCUGAUGUUGAUUUGUCCUUUAGCUCAUCUCCACGUCCCCUAAAUGUGUUUCUGCACAGAAUAUGCACUUGGUGUCCUCUGUCCCUCUCUAGUAGACUGGGAUUCAAACUGAAAUGGAUCUCACAAUGUGGAGUUUACUCUCUCAGGUUCCUCUUUAGAUGUUUUUCAAAUGUUUUCAUAGCCAGUGAUGUCAGAGCCAUGGGACUGAAGUCUUUUAGGUUUAUCUACUGGUAUUCCUGUCACCUGUUUCCAUGACUUUGGGACCUCCUGCUGUUUUAAUGAUAACUUUGAUAAUAAAAUAAAAAAUGGAGCUGAGUUGCUCUGCAGAAGUUUUCAAGGGCCUACUAUUAACAUGGUCUGGUCCAGGACUUUGAUUUGGUUUUAAUUUUAUAAAAAUGUUCUCCUCAUCCUUCUGAACAUAAACAUCUCAGUCUCGCUCAGUCAAAUCAAACUGCUUACAUCUCGAUUCGUAUUUAUUAAACGUGUUAGCUCAAUCAGAGCAGCACUUUAAACCACAAACUCUUAUGUGGUUAUUAUUUUUUGACUGAUGAUGUCCAGCUAUGGAUUUAAUGUCUGUCCACAUCAAUCUCAAAUUUUGUGUGGACCAAAUUCUGUUCAAUUUCAUCCUUAUAAUCAUCCUCAUCAUUUUGAAUACCAAGUUUUAAUUCCCUUUGAGCAGCUCGUGCCUCUUUAGUAUUUCCUCGUCGAAAGACACCUUUUCUUUUGAUAUAAUAAUGACUCUAUAGAUUUGAAGAUCCAGGGUUUGUUGAUGAGAUAGACCUUCACACUUUUAACUGAGAUCAACACGUCUUCACAAACAGAAAAAGAGCUGGGGAUAACAUCACAAAGCUCAACUAAAUCAGUGCAGGAGUCCACCAAAAGAUCUCAGUCUUGACAAUGAAAGCAGCCUUGGAGACUUUGGAUUGAAUCUUCACUCCAGAGCGUCACUGUCUUCUUGUGGACUUUUAAAUUCAUAAAGAAAGUGUUGAAUCUAAGAAACAGUGUGGAGUAUUUUAUAAGAGUGCUUAUCAGUGAAAACCUGUCUAUUUGUCGUCUCACCUCCAGAUGUUGCUCAGCUCUCUCCUCAGCUCUUUCUGCUCCACAUUCACGACUGAUUGAACUGAACCUGAGGAGCAACAACAUGGGGGAUUCAGGAGUGGAUCAGCUGUGUGAGGGGCUGAGGAGUGAAAACUGCAAAUUAGAGAAACUGAACCUGUCUUAUUGUGGUUUUACAUCCACAUGCUGCUCAGCUCUCUCCUCAGCUCUUGGGUUUUUACACACUCUCAACUAACAGAACUGAACCUGAGCCUCAACAACAACAUGGAGGACUCAGGAGUGGAUCAGCUGUCUGAGGGGCUGAGGAGUGAAAACUGCAAAUUAAAGAAACUGAACCUGGACUCAUGUGGUCUCACCUCUAGAUGUUCCUCAUCUCUCUCCUCAGUCCUCUCUUCUCCACACUCACAGCUGACUAAACUGAACCUGAACUUCAACAAACUGGGAGAUUCAGGAGCUCGUCAGCUGUGUGAGGGUCUGCGGACCCCAAACUGUAAAUUAAAGACACUGUGGCUGCAGUUAAAUGACAUCAGUGAGAGUGAGGAGAUGAGCCUGAGGUCACUACGGGAGGAGCUGAACAGGACUGGACGGCAGGUGAAGAUCAAGAUAUUGGAAGGCUGAACAUGCUGAUCAACUGAACCCAGUGAUGGCGCCCCCUGUCCACUCUCUGAAUUCUUCUAUUAUUUUAUAAUCCCCUCAACUCUCCUCCACAUUUAAUAAACUCUCCAUGUUUUCUUCUCAGCCUGUGCUUCUUCUUUAAACUGACUUGUGUUUCUCCCCCAUGUCACCCUGAACUGGUCACCAAACUCCACAAGUUCAGACCAGAGACCCCUGAGUUUCACCAGCCUGAAGACCACAGUGGGAAUUGUCCUCUGAAACCAGCUGAGGUCACAAAGCCCACCGAAGGGAACAGCAGGAGCAAACACGGGUGGACAGUCCAGUUGUAAGGUGAUGGAGAGUGUGGCCAAUCCUGGCAUUGGUGACAAAUUCUGGACAGGCACCGGGCAAUCACAGGUUGAGCUGAUGGUGGUGUGAUCAGAAACUUCAUAAACCUACUGCUCCUUUGCAUCAUGUGGUGUUGUUUGAACCCGUGUCUGCUGCACUCCUUGUUCACUGCCUCAUUUUCACAGAAUUCAUGGCAUCUUCUGUUUGUGACUGAACUUCUGUGACACUUUAA